UAUUGUUUGAAUGGAGAGAGAUAGAAAUAAGCUUGGAAUCGCCAUUGGUUGGGGAUGGUGGCGAUCCAUGGCAUCAUCUUCAAUUCAAUUCCAACUAUAAAUACCUCUUAUGGGUCCUCUCUUCUCACAUCAUCUUCUUCACUCAAAUCAAUUGGCUUCUCAAAGAACACACAGCUUAAUUCAUUGCCGAUUGCUUCUGUUCAUCAGAUGACGAUUAAACAUGUGGUACGGAUUGCUGAUCGGAGAUUGGUGGUGAAGGAUAGGACGAUCUUGAACAAUGUUCCUGAAAACGUGAUAGUAACGCUUAGUUCAACAUCUACACCGGCGGAAGGAGUUUUUUUGGGUGUGGCUCUCAAUAAUGAGAGUUCUAGGCAUGUUGUUUCGUUGGGAAAAUUGAUUGACAGCCGGUUUAUGGCUAGUUUCAGGUUUAAACUAUGGUGGAUGGCACAGAAGAUGGGGGAAAACGGGAGAGAUAUACCAUUAGAGACGCAGUUUCUAUUGGUGGAGACUAAAGAUGAACCUGUUGAAUCGGAGAAUCAAACUGUAUACUAUACUGUAUUCCUUCCUUUAAUUGAAGGACCAUUCAGGUCAUGUUUACAGGGAAAUGAUGAAGAUGAACUCGAACUCUGUAUUGAGAGUGGAGAUGUUUUUACUACUUCUUCAUCUUUUGCUCAUUCCAUGUAUAUAAGUUCAGGAACUGAUCCGUUUGCAACCAUCACAGACGCAAUUGCUGCAGUGAAAUCCCAUCUUGGAACAUUUCGUCAGCGCCAUGAGAAGAAACUUCCAGAGAUUGUUGAUUAUUUCGGUUGGUGUACAUGGGAUGCGUUCUACCAAGAUGUAACCCAAGAGGGUGUCGAGGCUGGCCUCGACAGCCUGACUGCUGGCGGUGUGCCUCCUAAGUUCGUCAUAAUCGAUGAUGGUUGGCAAUCGGUUGGACCUGAUCAGCUAUCUGUGGAAGAUAAGCCUGCUAUGAGGCUGACAGGGAUAAAAGAAAACGAGAAGUUUCAAAAGGAGGAGGCUGGAAUCAAGAACAUAGUGAACAUAGCGAAAGAGAAGUAUGGGUUGAAGUAUGUUUACGUCUGGCAUGCGAUUACUGGGUAUUGGGGAGGUGUUAGACCUGGAGUGAAGGAAAUGGACCACUAUGAAUCAGAGAUGAAGUAUCCGAUUGUUUCAAAUGGUGUGAUGAAGAAUGAACCUGGUUGGAAAACUGAUGCAAUGGCGGUUCAGGGUUUGGGAUUGGUGAACCCGAAACAAGCUGAAAAAUUCUAUGAUGAACUGCAUAGUUACUUGGCUGAGUCUGGAAUUGAUGGAGUGAAAGUCGAUGUUCAGUGCAUAUUGGAGACGAUGGGAUCAGGGUUUGGUGGGCGAGUGGAGAUAACGAAACAGUUUCAUCAAGCUCUUGAUGCUUCUGUGGCUAAGAAUUUUCCUGAUAAUGGCUGCAUCGCUUGUAUGAGCCAUAACACUGAUGCGCUCUACUGCUCUAAUCAAACAGCUGUGGUGAGGGCGUCUGAUGAUUUCUACCCGCGUGAUCCAGUUUCGCACACGAUUCAUAUAGCUUCAGUUGCUUACAACAGUGUCUUCCUCGGAGAGUUCAUGUUGCCAGAUUGGGACAUGUUCCAUUCCUUUCAUCCAGCUGCUGAGUAUCAUGCAUCAGCCCGAGCCAUCAGCGGUGGACCUGUCUAUGUCAGUGAUGCUCCAGGGAAACAUAACUUCAGUCUCCUUAGGAAAUUGGUUUUGCCGGAUGGAUCCAUUCUUCGUGCCCGUCUACCAGGACGGCCCACAGUAGAUUGUCUUAUGACUGAUCCUGCCCGCGAUGAUGUUAGUUUGUUGAAGAUAUGGAACAUGAACAACUAUACUGGAGUUCUUGGAGUCUACAAUUGCCAAGGUGCAGCCUGGAACACAACUGAGAAACAAAACACAUUCCACCAGACAAAAGCCGACACAACAUUAACCUGCUUCAUCAAAGGCAGUGAUGUCCAUCUCAUCGCCGAAUCCUCAGUUGAUGAUCCUAACUGGAAUGGAAACUGUGCAUUUUACUGUCACAGGAGCGGCGACAUCACAGUCCUCCCCGAAGAUGCAAACAUUUCCUUAUCCCUGAAGAUCCUUGAACACGAGAUAUUCACAGUUACCCCAAUCAAGGUUCUGUCCUCUGGUGUCAGUUUCGCACCGUUUGGUCUCGUGGAAAUGUACAAUGCGGGUGGAGCCAUUGAAUCGCUGGAGUAUGAAACUGGGUCGGUUGGUGUUGUGAGAAUUGAAGUGAAGGGACGCGGUAGAUUUGGGGGUUAUUCAUCUGCCAAGCCGAAACUAUGCAAAGUGAAUUAUGUUGAAGUGGAGUUUGAGUAUGAAUCUGGAUCUGGGUUGGUGAGUGUGGGGUUGGAUCAUAUGCCAGAAUUUCAUGUGGGGUCGGAUCGUAUGCCAGAAGAGGGGUUGGUUCAUUUUGUUGAGUUUGAGUUUUGAUUAUUAUAUGGUUGCAUGAAAAAGAUGAGAAUUAGACAGACUUGGGGAUAUGAGAGUUUAGAGGGAGUUCUUCAUUAAGUGUUUUUACUGUUUUAGUAAUCAAUCUACUUAUAAUGUGUUCAGUAUACUAGUAUUGCUGUUACCUAUAAUUUCAUCAAUAAAAAUGAGAGUUUACCAACUUGUUUUUAUCUACCA